AAACGCACAUAUCACUUCCGGUUUUUAAGAAUUUCACAAUAAAAACUCCGCUGCUAAAAUCACAGAAUGAACCCUCAAAUUGCAACUCAAGACACGACUCAUUCUGUUUAUAAAGUGUUUAAAUGACACAGUUGCAUGCAAUUUACGUAGUGUUUUUCACUGAAUUGAGCUAGGACAUUGACGUUUGCUCUCCGACGUUGUUUCUGCUGAAACAAGCGAAGCAGUCUGACGUCAUGACUGCUGAAGCAAAUAUGAUCAGUGUCGGAGGAGUAGUUGUCUUUGAGGACAGAGCCUGAGCCUCCAUGUGUGAGCUAACGAAGAGAGGGCGGAGGAGAAGCGGGCCGGCUGACAGCAGCUAGCAGCGGUGCUAAGCUAACUGGUCGGUGUUGCUGGCUCAAUCACUGCAGCCACUAGAUGGAGGCUCCCCGCGGCUGUGCAGCGAUGUCAGAGGAGGCGGAGAGGCUAAUCGGAGGAGGGUCGGGCAGCGAGUCGAUGAGAGUGCCGAUGAUGGUCACGCUGAGGACGUCCGUGGCCUUUCUGCUUCACCUGGCUUCCUCUGUGGCGGCGCCGGUGCCGUGUGAGGCGAGGGUGAGCCGGCUGGAAGCGGAGAUCCAGGGCUUGAUGAACGUGAUCAGUGAGCAGCACCGCUACAUCCAGGAGCUCCACAGCAGCCAGGCGCAGCAGCUGCAGCAGAUCCCCAACUCGUACCUGGGCCUCGACGACCUCUACAGAGACUGCUCUGAGGUGUUUGAGGAUGGAAACGUGGCCAGCGGGCUGUACGUGAUUCGCCCGGACGGCGCUCCCACGGCGCUGAGCGUGUACUGCGACAUGAACCACGGAGGAGGGUGGACCGUCUUCCAGAGGAGGAGAGACGGCAAAGAGAGCUUCGACAGAGCGUGGGUGGAGUACAAGCAUGGAUUCGGAGACCUCUUCUCUCCUGCUGGAGAGUUUUGGUUGGGCAAUGAACCCCUGCACCAUCUGACAUCACAAGGGAACUAUGACCUGCGCAUCAACAUGGAGGACUUUGAGGGGAACGAGCGCUACGCCGAGUACAAGAGCUUCAAGGUGGACGGCGAACAGGACCAGUACCAGUUACAUCUGGGCGAGUUCACUGGGAACGCUGGCGACGCUCUGGAUGACGCCCUCAGGGCGGGACCGGGCAGUCCAUGCGCAGACGGGGUGAAGUUCAGCACCUACGACCGGCCGAACUGCAUCGACGCCGACGUUCAGUGCGUCAGACACAGCAAGUCGGGCUGGUGGUUCAGCAGGUGUAACGCAGGUAACCUGAACGGUCACUACUACGACGGGCCGUUCGAAGCCAUGACGGACGACGGCGUGGUGUGGUACACGUGGCACGGCUGGGCCUACUCCAUCAAGUCUGUCGUCAUGAUGAUACGAGCGUCCGACCUCGAAGCGCCACCUCCAGCGAACGUUUACCUGCCAGGCGGUCCUGACGUGGUCCCGGCGGCGGGCCGAGGCGCUCCGUGAAGCCGAGGUCACUUUGAUGCUGUGAAAUAAAGUCAGAGCGCCUUCGUAUGA